AAAUACUUCAGUCCGUAAAGAGAAAUACCUAGCAGCAAAAAAUGCCAGCAGUUUUGCGUGCAAAAUGCAUAAUUGCAGGUGAUUCUGCAGUUGGCAAAAGUGCAUUAACACAAGUAUUUCACAGUGAUGGGGCACAUUAUCCUAAGAACUAUGCGAUGACAGUUGGUGUUGAGUUAUGUGUCAAAAGUGUUACCAUUCCAGAUACUUCAGACACUGUGGAACUAUUCCUUCAUGACUCAGCUGGUAAAGAAACAUUCUCAGAUCUCGUUCAAAAACAUUGGAGCCAGCCCUCAGUGAUAAUGAUAGUCUAUGAUGUGACAAGUGAAACAAGUUUCUCAAGCUGCGCUAAGUGGUUGGAGAGAGUGAAAUCUCAGAAACCUGAAGUUUCUACCCCAGGUGUGCUAGUUGCAGCGAAGAAAGAUCUUGAUGCUCGUAGAGCGGUUAGUCCAAAGGCUGGGCAAGAAUUUGCAAUGUCAAAUGGUCUGGAAUACUUUGAAGUCUCAGCAAAAGAAGGAGAAAAUGUAGAAGCACCUUUCUACUAUCUGGCUAAUGAAUUCCACAAACUUUACAAUGAAAAACUGGACACAUUUCAAACCUUGUCAUGAUGAAGAAUCAAAGAAAUGACAUAGAAGGCAAAAAUACUGUGAAUGAGUUUAUCCCCAAAAUACAUUCUGGCACAGAAGUGCUGGAUAUUGAAGAAAAACUGUUUUGAGCUCGGAAGUCUAGCUACAAGCCCCUUUAAUCCCCUCUACUUGACAACAUGCCUUUUCACCCAGGCUUGUUGGGAUGAGUAGU